CUCUCUCUCUCUCUCUGUGUCUCUCUCCCGUUUGUGUUUUCCCCUCGACAGCGGCGGCGGCGGCGGCGGGCGAGGGUUUGGAGGUCAGGAAGCUUGCGGCGCGGCGCAAAACCCUAGCUCCUCGCCCGCUUCUCCUCGCCAAGUGCUCUCCUGUCUCGCCUAUCCCGCGGGCGCGAUGAGGGUGAAGGUGAUAUCGCGCUCCACCGACGAGUUCACGCGCGACCGCAGCCAGGACCUGCAGAAAGUAUUCCGCAACUAUGAUCCAGGGCUUCGUAGUCAAGAGAAAGCCGUUGAGUACACUCGUGCACUUAAUGCUGCAAAGUUAGAGAAAAUAUUUGCUAAGCCAUUUAUUGGAGCUAUGGAUGGACAUAUUGAUGCGGUAUCGUGCAUGGCCAAAAACCCCAAUCAUUUGAAAGCAAUAUUUUCUGGUUCAAUGGAUGGAGAUAUUCGCCUUUGGGACAUUGCUGCGAGGAAGACAGUUUGCCAGUUCCCUGGACACCAAGGUGCCGUACGAGGUCUAACAACAUCCACGGAAGGCGAUCUUCUUGUAUCAUGUGGCGUUGACUGCACUGUUCGACUCUGGAAAGUUCCAAUGCUUAAAAUGGUGGACACUAGCGAUCACAUUGGAGACACUUCCCAGCCAUCAGCAGUCUAUACCUGGAAGCAUGCAUUCUGGGGUGCUGACCACCAGUGGGAUGGUAAUCUUUUUGCAACUGUUGGUGCUCAAGUUGAUAUAUGGGAUCCUAACAGGUCGGAGCCAGUAAAUAGCUUUGAGUGGGGUAAAGAUACAGUUCUUUCUGUGCGAUUUGAUCCUGGAGAUUGCAAUAUUUUGAUUACAUCAGCCAGUGAUCGGAGUCUAACACUUUAUGACCUGCGCAUGUCAUCUCCAGCUAGAAAGCUAAUAAUGAAGACAAGGUGCAAUUCGGUAUGCUGGAACCCAAGGGAGCCCAUGAACUUUACUGCUGCAAAUGAAGACACAAACUGUUACUCCUUUGAUGCUAGAAGGCUGGAUGAAGCCAAAAUUGUUCACAAAGGCCAUGUUUCGGCAGUGAUGGAUAUUGACUACUCACCGACAGGGCGUGAAUUUGUUACUGGUUCCUAUGAUAGAACAGUAAGGAUUUUUAAUUAUCUUGGUGAUCAUAGCAGAGAGAUUUACCACACCAAGAGGAUGCAAAGGGUGUUUUGUGUGAAGUACACCUAUGACGGGACCUAUCUAGUCUCUGGCAGUGAUGAUACAAAUCUUCGGCUGUGGAAGUCCAAAGCUUCGGAACAACUCGGAGUUCUUCUUCCACGGGAGCGCAAAAAACAAGAAUACCUGGAUGCUGUGAAGGAGAGGUACAAGCACCUCCCAGAAGUGAAGCGGAUUGUGCGGCAUCGACACCUACCGAAGCCAAUCUACAAGGCAGCCAACAUGCGGCGUACGAUGAUUGAGGCGGAGAACCGGAAAGAGGAGAGAAGGCGAAAGCACAGCGCUCCAGGGAGCAUGCCCGUGCAGCCCUUCAGGAAGCGAAGGAUCAUCAAAGAAGUUGAGUAGGGGUAGUAGGAUUUGCACAGGGCCUUGUUCCUGUUGGUUGGGCUCGAAACGUCAAGUUGUCGUGGAGUUUGUUGAGGACAUGUUGAGAAUGUAUGCGGGCGUUGAGAUUUGGGACCGGUAGCUGAAGUUUUUCCCCGCCUACGUGCAUGUGCUGUAUCGAUUUUGUUUUGAAAUUACAAAUCUUUCUAUAUAUAUAUAAAUAUAUAUAAUAUGGAGCCAGCGGUUUUUACCACUGUA